AUGGAUGAAAAGAAAGAUGAAUUUACUAUUGAAAUCGAAGCAAGAAUGUAUGCACCUUUGGAGUGGGAUUCACCGGCGAUAUGCAAAAUACAGGAUCUCAAGGAAGCGCAGUACGAGGAAGCUCUACGUUUGAUAAAACAUCAUUUCUUUCGGGAGGAGCCGAUGUGUAAGGCGAUUGCCUUGCUGCAGGAUCAGAUAUCCGUGAACGCGUAUCUACGUCUUCUGAGAACAUGGAUGAAAGAUACCAUUAGUUUGGUAGCACUCAGUCUGGCAUCAGGACGAGUUAUUGGAGUUGCUGUUACGCGAAUUAACAGUGAUUCGAAUAAAAGUGACACGUAUAAUCGUGUACAACAUUUCGAGGGAGAUACUCUGGAGAAAAUUAUGGAUUUGAUCAACACUCUGGUAAAACGGACGAAGGCGCAUAAGGAGCUCGAGUGUGACGCAUAUUUCCGAGUUCAUGUCCUCUGUGUUCAUCCGUCCUACCAGCAAAAAGGCAUCGCCGUAGCCCUGCUGAAGGCUUGCAUCCAAGUGGCAUCCACCUUGGAUUUGCCGGCCAUCGGUGGCGUCUUCACGUCGGGUAUAAGCCAAUCGUUGGCCCUGAAAUUGGAUUUUCGUCUCAUCGCGGAGAUCCGCUAUAGUCGCUGGAUCGUCAACGACAAGGUCGUAUUCGACAGUACAGGCAAGGGAAAUUACUCGGCCGCUUUCAUGGGAAUGCGAAUACCUCGCGAGGAAUUGUCCAGUGAGCUGGGAGACGGAAAAUAACAAUCGCGAUCGUAUAUACCGUGCGUUGAUAUACGAAUACCGUGUAUUGAUAUAAAAUCACAAACGACGACGUUAAAUUUUCGCGCCAUCGCGCGGAGAUGUGAGAAUUUCUUUCCGCGCAUAAAAGGUGAAAUUCGAUUGUUUCUU